AUGUCGGCCUUCUCUUCCGCAGAAAUAAUUGCCAACAAUGAAGAUCUUUUAACUGAGAUACUCGUUUGCCUCCCUGUCAAAUCUUUGCUCAAUUUCAAAUCCGUUUCCAAAAACUGGCUGUCCAUCAUCACCAGUCCCAACUUGUCCCUCCGCCUCGGCCGUCUCCCUAAACCCAUUACUGGCCUGCUUAUGCGUCGCAACAACGGUCCAGAAUAUAAUUUCAUCAACCUUGGUUCCAAUACUUCUCGUGCUCCCUUCAAAUCUCUCACUUUCGGAAACCUCCCAUCUCGGGUUCACAUCAAACAAUCCUGCAACGGUCUGUUAUUGUGCAGUUCUUUGCAAGAAAAUGCUCGUCGCCCCGACUAUUUUGUGUACAACCCCACCACAAACAAAUACACUAUGCUUCCUCCAAUCCCUAAUGACAACGGGGCAUUGUGUCGCGAUGUUGUCUUAGCAUUUGAUCCUUCCAAGUCACCUUAUUACAAAGUCGUUUGUGUGAAAGAUUGCAAUCUUUCUGAAAGUUCUUUUCAGAUAGAGAUUUACUCAUCCCAGACUGGGACUUGGAGAGUAUGCAAUUCUUCUUUUAAUUAUCCGAAUACUCCAUUUUUCAUGGAGGGUGUUUUCUGGAACAAUGCCAUUUACUGGUGCAAAUCUUGGAGUCCAUCUAUAUAUUUUGACAUGGAUAAAGAGGAAGUCCGAGAAAUGCCAAUGCCUCCUAAUAUUAACGGAUUGGAUGAGAAGUGGAGUUGGUAUUUGGGAACAUCUCGAGGCCAUUUGCAUCUCAUUGAGAUUUACAGCCCUUUCAACACUAUAUUCAAUAUCUACGAAAUGGAGAAAAGAGAGGAUUGCUGCAGGUGGAUCGUGAAGUAUCAGGUUGAUCUUAGUCCGAUAGUAACAUCAUAUCCUGAGAUGAUUAAGAACUUUCAGACGGACUUACAUUACUAUCUAUUUUCGACAUUAUGUGUUGUAAGGGAAGAAAACGAUGAGGAAUCGUACUUGGUGGUACAUCUACCUGCAAAGGUAAUACGUUACAAUUUCAAGGAUAAGAGUUUCAACAAGAUCCAUGACUUUGCUCCAAGUCAUGAUUCUGAACAUCAAGGUGGAAAUGGACAAGUGACCGAUUUUGAUUUUGUCGGUACUGCUGCUUUUCAAUACAUAGAGAGCCUUGCCUCCGUUUGA